UCUUCCUCGCUCAGAAGUCAGGAUCAACCAAAAUCCUCGAACCCUCGCGCUGCACGAUUCUUCUUUCGUUUUGUUUUUCCUCAAUUUUCUGUGUAUGCCUUUGAAGUGCUUUUUCUGCGGCGGCGCGUGAGGGAAUUUUCGGCGCGUUGUAAGGGCGUUCAGGGAGAUUCAUGUUUAAUCCUUCAACCACAUUGGGGAAUACUCGACGGGUUCCUGUCGGAGUCCUACUAGAAACUUGGGGUUCCGUACAGGAUGGCUUCCGUCGUCUUAGCUAACCGAAACGAAUCCAAUUGGCCGCAGCUGAGGGGUAACGGUCGCGGUACGGAAGAAGGAUUCAUGGGGAAAGUACCUUUUUCAAACCCUAACCCUAAAUUUAACAAGAAACAGUUUCACGGCGAGGUGAACGGUUUUCAGAUGGACGACUCACUGGCUGAGGCUCAGUCGGCGUCGGAUGAUGCUUCGUCGAUCAAUCAUCAUCGCAGAUUGUCCAACGGUGUGGAUUUUAGUCAAUACGUGAGCUUCGACGUUUCAUCGUGUUCGAGGAAAGAGCUGGUCGAGCUGAAGACCAGGUUAAUCUCCGAGCUAGAACAGAUUCGGCAAUUGAAAAGUCGCAUCAAUUCAGGAGAACUAAAUUUCAGACCAAAACACCUGAAGAAAUCGUCAAAAGCCUCGGGAACCAAGCGGCCUUUGCCGAUGUCGAGCAACGGUAAGGAGUUCAAGCGGUCUAAUUCAGAAAACGGUAAUAUGAUGAAGAUGUGUUCGCAGAUUUUGAUGAAACUUAUGAAGCACAAACAUGGCUGGAUCUUCAACAAGCCAGUCGAUGUGGUUGGGAUGGGUCUUCACGAUUACUAUGACAUCGUCAAGCGUCCAAUGGAUUUGGGAUCCGUGAAAGCCAAGUUGGGCAAAGAUGCGUAUGAAUCACCGUUCGAUUUUGCAUCCGACGUGAGGUUGACUUUCAAGAACGCAAUGACUUACAAUCCCAAGGGCCACGAUGUUCACGCCAUGGGGGAGCAAUUACUGAUGAGAUUUGAGGAAUUGUUUCGACCAGUAAAUGAAGCAUUGGAAGAAGAUCGGCGGUACCGUGACUAUCAGGAAGACUUGCCAGCGAGUUCUUGGAAUCAUUCGGAGGCUGAAAGAACAGUGAAGAAGGAUACCCCGAUGCAGACUGUGAAGAAGACGGAGCCGAUCAAAGCUCCGUCAAGCUCUUCUAAUCCGCCAAUGAUACAAUCGCCUGUUAAAACUCCCUCACCUCUACGAGCGCCCCCUGUAAAGCCUGUGAAGCAGCCGAAGCCAAGAGCUAAAGAUCCCAAUAAGAGAGAAAUGACUUUAGAAGAGAAGCACAAGUUGGGAAUUGGGUUGCAGAGUUUGCCGCCGGAGAAAAUGGAACAAGUUGUACAAAUCAUAAAGAAGAGAAAUGGUCAUUUGAAGCAAGAUGGGGAUGAGAUUGAGCUUGACAUCGAAGCUGUCGAUACCGAAACACUUUGGGAGCUCGAUCGACUGGUGACUAACUGGAAGAAGAUGAUGAGCAAGAUCAAACGACAGGCUCUUAUCAAUGCGGCAUCUAUGAAUCACAAUGGGGUGUUGGCGAUCCCUGAGAAAUUCGAAGUGGGUUCCGAAGCAAAGAAGCAACGGAAAGGGGAGGCUGGUGAGGAAGACGUGGACAUUGGCGAUGAGAUGCCUGCAAGUGAUUUUCCACCAGUGGUGAUCGAGAAGGACGCUGGGGGAGGGCAUGCUAGCAGUAGCUCCAGCGGCUCAAGUAGUUCAAGUAGUGAUGAUUCAUCCUCUUCCAGUGAUUCUGAUUCCGACGGCAGUUCAUCCGGAAGCGAUUCUGACGACAAUGCACAAUGAAGCGGUGAAGACUUGAUGAAUGGCAACAAGGAGGGGUCUGAAAGACAGACACCCAAAACGGAGAGCUACAACAAAUCCCUCUCGCGCUGAACGUAUUGGGCAGAGAUUUGUCUGAAUGAGGUACUAAAUCUGUUCAUUAUUUACAAGUUGCAAUCUCUUCAGCUGCUACACAAUUGUGAAUCAAUCAACCUUUGAUACAACAACAGGGCUGUAAAAUCUCCAGAUAGAGGUCGGAUUCAACCUCGCUAUGGCCCUGAAGAAGAAGAAGGGAGAAAGGGGAAGAGGAGGGGGAUGUCGUAGAGACUUGAAAAUGAGGAGGGAGCAGUGUAGAUCAGGUUUAGAGUCUUUUGAGUUUUUUGUACUCUUUUUUCGUGUACACAUUAUUAACACUUAUAUACACAUACGUUUCAAUGUGAAUCAAAGUGCAAAGCUUUUGUGGGGCGUGAAACUUGGAUUCUAAUAUGAUAUUCCUAGAUAA